AAGCCGAAGCGAUGCGUAGGCCUUUCCCCCAGCAACUCCAAUUGUUGCCUGUGGAAAGCCAUUUCAGAGUGGUUAGUCUGCUAUUGGGGGGCGACUAACUCGCCCUGUGUUGCCUUAGCCUAAAAGAUGAGGGGGAUCCCUAAUAACAUUAGGCUCCACAUACAUAGAGCCAAAUAACCACAAUCUAGGAACAAUCACAGUAUAAAUAUACUGUAUAUAGUAGUCCAAGUACCGCACUGACAAGUACAAAAUAUCAGCAAUUUAUUAAGAAAAUCCAACAUUUUUGCUGUUCAAUGCAGCCAAACAAAUCCCAUGUGAAAUACCCGUUACUGUGUGACAAAAUAGUGCAAAGAUGCAAACAUUGCCUUGGCAACCCACCACAAACACAUAACAAUACUAAUAAAUUCAUAAGUGGUUGAUCACACGCUAGCAGAGGAGGAGGUGAGGGGGUGACAGGGAAGGACAGAACUUUACCAUGGGAGGGACAAAAUCUUACAGCAGGGAAGUGAAAGUGAUAUCAAGAACAGAAAGCUCAGUGUGUGGGGCAGGAGUGACACAGUUCCUGUGCAGCGGACAGACUGACAGAGGUCUCUGAGAAACUAAAACAACAGCGACAGACAGACAGAAACAGCAGCCAGCAGUUAUUUUUUUUGCUUCAAUAUUAAAAAAUGGGGCUUCCAGAAAAUGAGCCGAACACUUCAGAAAUUAAAUCUGCAUCUCCCAGGAACAGCAGCAGUCAUAUGCACAAAGCACCCCCUGCCAGGCUGCCAAGUACAAGUAAAUCAAAGCAAGGCACAGCAAGGUAUGGAACUAAAGCUGCUGGAAAUACACCAAAUACAUUACUUGCCAGUGCUUCUCCAAAUCUGCCAAAAACACCAGUCACUGCUGUGAUAGGUAGUAAAUCAAACACAGGCAAAGGCAGAGCUAGUGCUAGAACUGGAGUAGCUGGGAAAAACUCUGUGGGCUCCGCACUGAGUGCUGGAAAGGACAAGUGCAUAUCAGAACCCCAUCCAAGCUCCAUUACUCCUGGGAAGUCACCUGUAUCUCGUCGAUACCCACUACUCUCUGAGGAAGACAUAGACCAAGGGGAGUCACCUUUGUUUCACCCACAUCCAAAGUUCUUGAAUGAAGAUAUAAACCGAAUAGAGAAAGAAACCCGUGGGCAGAGGAGUAAUUUGAAUUGGCACAAUUGGCGCAAAAACCGCAUCACAGCAUCUAUAGCACACCAGAUAUCACAUAGCAGAUUUGCAAAUCAUAAAACUGAGGAGAUUCCCAAAUCCUAUCUGAAGGCAGUUCUUGGAACAGGGCCCAGAGUACAAACAACCGCCAUGUACUGGGGCAUUCAGAAUGAGAAAAAUGCUGUACUGGCUUAUGAGAAGCUGGCAUCAAAGAGAGAUGGGAAAAAGGUGAAGGUGGAGGACUGUGGCCUGUUCAUACACCCCACAAAGAACUGGCUGGCAGCUAGCCCAGAUGGGAUAGUGAAAGAUGGGUGCACAGGGGAGACCUUGCGCCUCUUGGAAGUGAAGUGUCCGUAUAAACACAAAGAACAUACAAUACGUGAGGCUUGCGAAGAUCGAAAUUUUUGCCUUCAAUUAAAUGGAGACUCGUACAUGCUGCGGCAAGAUCAUGCCUAUUACACACAGGUGCAGUGCCAGCUGGCAGCUACUCAGCUUAAAAAUGCAGAUUUUGUGGUGCACACAACUAAGGAAACAGCAAUUGUUCCUGUGCAUUUCAAUCCUGAGUUUUGGGAAAGCACUGAGACAAAGUUAGAAAGAUUCUACAUUGAGGCUGUGCUCCCCAAGUUACAAAAGCAAAGUGCCAACAGAGAAGAAGUUAAUGGAAAAGCAGUGAGGGCAGCUGAAGAGUAGAUUUACCAGUAAUUGUUUGUAUCCAGGGUGUUGUUCAGCAAACGUCUCGCAAUCACUUCAUACUAUAAGAGAUAUUUGCCAGUGUUAGUUGCCCAACACAUGGGUAAGAAUAUAUUUGAGCUCAGAUUUGUUAGCGAUGGCUUUAGCUCCUACAAAACAGCUCCCCAACAUAAAGCACCUGCUAUUCAGUGAAUGCACUCAUUUUCCCAUAACUCUGUGUUUUGCUCAAUAUUGUCCCCUAAAUUGCUGUUCUUUCUGUUUGUGAUAUGUGCUCUGCGCAACAGUGUCAUUCUGCUGAGCCAGUCAAGUAAAAUCAAAGCUGAACUGCUCCUUUAAUAUGUCUACAUGUUGACAGGGAACCUGUUUGUUGUAUUAAUUUAUUGUAGUAGCUAUAUAAAUAAAAAUAUACAUACAUUCAUACCCCUUUGAUCAAUAAAUGUUUAUAGUACAGAAGAUUAAAAACAUCAUUAGUCAUUAUUUUACUGUGUAAAACUUGCCGAGGCCCCCCCUGAACUGCACCUCACAUGACCCCCUAUAUU